AGUCAAAUUAAUUGGCGAUGGGGAUACGUCAGUAAGGUAAUAAAAUGCCAAAUUCAAAAGUAUUCAAAUCAGUUUACAUUCAAUUCUUGUUUAUCACGGAUCAACCGGAACAUCGUAAACGAAACAGCGCAAGAGCGUGAAAAGUAAAAAUAGAAAGGCAUAGAUUGAAGUGAUGUCGCGCACAAACGAUAAUAAAGUUGCAAUUUUAUUGGCAUGCCUUUUCGGCAUAACCAUGACCGUCAUUACAGCCGUCGAUGAAGGUGAUUGUUUGUAUCAGGAUGAAUUGUGGGGCACUGUUGAUGGCACCAAAUUUUAUUUCUGCGAUAAAGACACCAAUACAUCAAUUAUACAAGACUGUCCCGAUGAAACUUUCUUCGUACGUAACGAGACGCUCACUGGUUGUAUACCAGUCGCUUUGAUGGAUCCCAAUUGUAUAUAUAAUAUUGAAGUGGGCAACUGUACCGGCAUCAACGUCCAACAGCCACAGGCCAGUUCGGAUCCAACUAAGUUCUAUCUCUGCACCAGUGAAGGUGCCACUCCAUUAUUGUUACCAUGCGCGGAUGGCAAAGCUUUCGUUAAGCAGAACGGUUAUUUGGGUUGCUUCGAUUGGACCGAGUGGCGUGCGUUGCGCAAUUGUUAUACGCUGACUAAUCAAAUUUGAGCUGGCCAAGCUGCGAAAUCAAAUGAAAUAUAUAUAUUUACCAUAGUUAAGAAAUAUCCUUUUUUAAAGUGAAAAUAUACAGGUAUACUCCGCACUGUAAAUACUUGCAUAUAUUUAUUUGUAACAAUUUGGUUUAUAUGCGCCCUGCGUGUACAUACAUUCGUAAAAUAACAGUACCAUAUAAAUAUCCUUUUUUUAUUUUAUACCUCGAAUCAUGUAUUCAUAGUAUUUUCCAUUAGUAUUUUCCAGCAAUAAACAGUUAUCCUCGAAUUGUUUUAUUUUUCGGA